CGAGCGACGCGUGAUCGUCAUUUCCGGCCCGGCUUGCUGGGAGGCCCGGAGGUGGGGAGCAGACAACCAGGCGCUUGGCGGUGCAGGAGCUGGACUCUGCUGGGAGAAGGCGGGGGAGCCACCAUGUGCCGGGGGGCCGCGCUUGGGCCGGCCGCCUCCUCCCCCCGCCACUCCCCCGCGUCAGCAAUUGGUAUUCAGAGGCAUGCUGUCUCCAGCAGAAGAGAGUAGGACUUACCCAUCCAACUUGGUGGCCAUCACUCCUUCUUGGAGCUAGGGCACUGUUGUUGGAUGGGUGCUUCUGGAGAAAGAGAGCUUGUCUUCUUCCAAAGAGGCAGCGUUUAGAACAUUCAAAUGUGGGGUUAGAUUAUGAGCUCCAGUAAGAACACCCGCUACAAUCGUUUCCCCAGUGGUACAACAAACUGUGCUGCUUCAGAAAACACUAACGGGACCAGAAUGGAGACAACUUUUGGGCCUGCUUUUUCUGCAGUGACUACCAUCACCAAAGCGGACGGGAGUAGUACGUUCAAACAGCAUCGCCGGACACCCUCCUCUUCCAGCACGCUCACCUAUUCCCCUCGCGACGAGGACGAUGGCAUGCCACCAAUCAGCACCCCACGCCGGUCUGACUCUGCCAUCUCCAUCCGCUCGUUGCAUUCAGAGUCCAACAUGUCCCUGCGCUCAACUUUCUCUCUCCAUGAGGAAGAGGAAGAGCCAGAGCCGCUGGUGUUUGCUGAGCAGCCCUCAGUGAAGCUCUGCUGCCAGCUGUGUUGCAGUGUGUUUAAAGAUCCAGUAAUCACGACCUGUGGGCACACAUUUUGCAGAAGAUGUGCCUUAACCUCUGAGAAGUGCCCGGUGGACAACGCCAAACUGACUGUGGUGGUCAACAACAUUGCUGUUGCUGAGCAAAUUGGGGAGCUCUUCAUUCACUGCAAGUACGGCUGCCGGCCCGCUGCAAGUGGCAAGCCUCCAGCCUUUGAGGUGGACCCUCACGGGUGCCCCUUCACCAUUAAACUGAGUGCCAGAAAGGACCAUGAAAGCAGCUGCGAUUACAGACCGGUUCGCUGCCCCAACAACCCCAGCUGCCCGCCACUUCUCAAGAUGAACCUGGAAGCGCAUCUCAAGGAGUGUGAGCACAUCAAGUGCCCCCAUUCCAAAUAUGGGUGUACAUUCAUAGGAAACCAAGACACAUAUGAGACCCACUUGGAAAUGUGCAAGUUUGAGGGCCUGAAGGAGUUCCUCCAGCAGACAGACGAUCGCUUCCACGAGAUGCAGGUGGCCAUGGCACAGAAGGACCAGGAAAUUGCUUUCCUGCGCUCCAUGCUGGGCAAGCUCUCGGAGAAGAUCGACCAGCUGGAGAAGAACCUGGAGCUGAAGUUUGAUGUCCUGGACGAGAACCAGAGCAAGCUGAGUGAGGAUCUGAUGGAGUUCCGGAGAGACGCUUCCAUGCUGAACGAUGAGCUGUCCCACAUCAAUGCUCGGCUGAACAUGGGAAUCUUGGGCUCAUAUGACCCCCAGCAGAUCUUCAAGUGCAAAGGCACUUUUGUUGGUCACCAGGGCCCUGUCUGGUGCCUGUGUGUCUACUCCAUAGGGGACUUACUCUUCAGCGGCUCUUCAGACAAAACGAUUAAGGUGUGGGAUACCUGUACCACAUACAAGUGCCAAAAAACCUUGGAAGGCCACGAUGGGAUAGUCCUGGCUCUCUGCAUCCAAGGGAAUAAGCUGUACAGUGGCUCUGCUGACUGCACCAUCAUUGUCUGGGAUAUUCAAACCUUGCAGAAAGUUAACACUAUCCGGGCCCAUGACAACCCUGUCUGCACGCUGGUCUCCUCACACAACAUGCUUUUCAGUGGCUCCCUAAAAGCCAUCAAGGUCUGGGACAUCGUGGGCACUGAGCUGAAGCUGAAGAAGGAGCUGACGGGCCUUAACCACUGGGUCCGUGCACUGGUGGCAUCCCAGAAUCACCUCUACAGUGGCUCCUACCAAACGAUCAAGAUCUGGGACAUUCGGAACUUGGAGUGUGUACAUGUCCUGCAGACGUCGGGUGGGAGCGUCUACUCUAUCGCUGUCACCAACCACCACAUUGUCUGCGGCACCUAUGAGAAUCUCAUUCACGUGUGGGACAUUGAGUCCAAAGAGCAGGUGCGUACCCUGACGGGACACGUGGGCACCGUGUAUGCCCUGGCGGUCAUCUCCACGCCAGACCAAACCAAAGUCUUCAGCGCUUCCUAUGACCGGUCAUUGCGGGUAUGGAGCAUGGAUAACAUGAUCUGCACUCAGACUCUGCUACGCCACCAAGGCAGCGUCACAGCACUGGCUGUCUCUCGGGGUCGCCUGUUUUCUGGUGCUGUUGACAGCACGGUUAAGGUUUGGACAUGCUAGUGGGUGCCACUGCCUGCUUGUGGACGGCAGACUACCAAAUAAUCCUCCGGCUCACACGUCGUCCUGCUUCCUUGUGCUCCGACGCUCCUCCCACUGUGCGCGCCAGCCGUGAGCGAGCUUCACAGCCCACGUACCUCAGCACUGCCACCCCUGACGCAGCAGGCCCUGUCCCAAGCAGGGCUGUUUGGAGAUAAAGCUCGCAAGGCCACAUCACAGCGGCACCGUUUCUGAUGGAACAAGUAGGGCACUGCAGCCUCAAGACAGCAGCGUUUGGGUGAAGUGGGAUUAGAUUGAUGAUCCAGGUGUGAGCACCCACAAUGCACCUUUGCCAACAGCAGUGCCAGAGCCAAGGAUUGGGGGUGAAGGGGAGAAGACCCCUCUCUCUUCUGGCAUUUAAAUGUAUCUGCUAAGCUCUUUCAUUUGUGCCCACCGCCAAUGAUAAAGACCAGUUUUCCCCUCAUGUAACCAGGUACGAUUUUUAUGUCUCAAAGAUUCCCAUCCCUCACAUCAGGUACCGCAAGGCCAUCCAUUCACAGCAUCAUGUCAUAACGGCACCAAGCCCCCAAUGGUUUAAAACAAAAACAGGGAGAGCCCACUGUUGUGUUUUUACUGACAUUUUCUACUGUUUUUAAGAUUGUGAUAUAGAUUUGGAUUAUUUCUUCCUUGACAAUAAAAGUGGACCAUUGUUUUA